CAAGACCCACCAUGUCGCUCAAAGGGUAUUACGAAGCCUCGUUGCGUCCGCCCACCGCGGAUGCGCCGGCGGCGACAGAGUGGGACUGGGGGGAAGUCCUCCUCGACAGCAAAGCUUACAUGGCCGACAAGAAAAACCACACCUCCGCCCACUGUCAUUUCAAGAGGAAGCAGGACGGCAUGGAGGUGGAGAUGUGGGUCACCUUGUGCCUCGCCCCGCCGCCUCGCGUCUCCUAUUUCUGCUGCCACGCCUACUGCCCUGACGACCACGGUGGAGAAGAGGCCCGCUUGUUCUUCCGCGAGCCGUCCAUGGUGGCCACUGAGGGUAACCUUGCCCUCGUCACCCUCCGCAACGGGCGCUCCCAUCCCUCCUCCUCCUUCAGCACCUGCCCCAUCAGUGACUACUACGAAUACUUCGUCUACCAGGCGGGGGUGCGGGAACUCACCCGGCUCCGGCAACCAUCCCGCGAGAUGUUAACUGGGGGAGCUGACUGCUUCGAUGCCGAUUCGAUUGCUGUCGUGCCUUACCGCAGCAACAUUUCCACCCAUGCUCACCCCCACAAAAUCCACUCCACGCCCCCCACCCCCAUCCUCGGCCCUGCCUCCGCUCAUGCCCACCCCCAAAGCUUCCCCUUCACUCCCCCCACCCCCAUCCUCGGCCCUGCCUCCGCUCAUGCCCACCCCCAAAGCUUCCCCUUCACUCCUCCCACCUCAGUCCUCAGCCCCUCCGUCACCGGCCCUUCUCCCAAGGAUGAUGAUGAUGCCUGUGAUGCCUAUAGAAUCGCAGCGCUUGGCCACGACUAUUUCCAUGACUCCGCCAAUGGCCCAUACUACCUGUGCAUCUAUGACUCCAAGACCCAGGCUUGGACCCGCAAGCCAGGUGCUAUUCCACAGCCGCCGCCACCAUCCGAGUAUACGUGCGACAUGGCCAUCACCAUCGGCUGCGGCUCCAGCCGUGGCAUCGUGGGCUGGGUCGACCUAUGGAGGGGCAUGCUCCUCUCCGACGUGCUAGCCGACCACACCCCCUUCCACCUGUUUCGCUAUGUCUCCCUUCCCGAGAGGAGGCAUCCGCUAAAUUCUCUCCCUCUUGCCAUUGACAUUGCACACUUCUUUAGGGACAUUGUCUUUGUCAAAGACUCCGGCACCAUCAGGUUAGUCGAUCUUCAGGUCCACGCCAACACCAGCAGCCCUUUCUCUGAAACCCCUAGUGGCUGGACGGUGGUCACAUGGACCAUGGAGGUGGAGGGGCUUCAUGGGGAUUUGGAAAACCUGGGUGGUUUGCGUUUCAAGCAGGAGCUUGAACUUCAUUCUAGUGAUAUCGAGAACUACAACUUGCCCAAUUCUCUCUUCGUCUCCAGCCCCAUUCUCAGCUCCGGCAAAGAUGUCAUCUUGUACCUCCUGACCAAUAUCAGCAGCGAAACCGACAGGAACUCACAUGUGAUUGCUGUUGACCUCAAGCUGAAGAAGCUGCUGGGGGUGAAGGAAUUCGAUAUGCAAAGACCCACCAGCUACAUACGAACUAGCAUCUCCAGCCAUCUCAUGCCGCCAGUUCCAAAGGAGAAUAUGAAACGACGAGCGCAGGCAUCUCUGGGAUCCUCCCGCAAGAAGCAGCAACAGCAGCCUGCCGUCACUAACCCAGGGGAAGGAGAGGGUGAUGUGGGGAAUGCAAUGGAAUCAUAGUAUGUGGUUUGUUUGGGUAUGAGUGCCUUGGAGGCCUACACCACCAUUAUGGGUUCUUUGCUUUCAAGUUUCAACACAUGCCAUCUCACCACAGAAGACGUACCCAGGCAUGGUCUGUGGAGAUAGUUUCUGUGCUUCUGCUUUAUUUUAACUAGUCAGGAUCAGAAUUUUAUUUAUUAAGGUUCUUACAGAAGAUUUAGUAAGCCUAGGUGCCUGUUUGCCCUACCGAUUAUUGUUACUAACAUGUUGUAGCACGACUUCAUGUCCGUGGUUUUUAAUCCCCUACUUAUGUGGUUGACAUUCUGUUAGAGUAGUAUUAUUA